AUGUCAUUAAUCAUACCAAAUAGACAUGAUUAUGAAGAUGCUACCAUUGGUAGGGAACGCAUCCCAAUUUAUGAAAAAAAGAUAGAAAAGUUGGAGGAAGAGAUUGAUCCGACGACUGGGGAGCCUUCCUACCCUUGGAGAUUCGAAGCUUUGUCAGGUUUCUUUAAGCAAGCUGAUCCAAAGACAGAAGAUCUCAAAUUUAACUAUAUAAAUCAGGACUUCGGGGCCACUAAACCUUGGCAUGAAAUUAUAGAUGAGAUUCAAAAGUUGAAUGAAACUGCUAACGAAAAUGAAUGCUACAAGUUACUUUUUCUUGCUAGGCAUGGCCAGGGUUAUCACAAUGUGAUCGUUAGUAAAUAUGGACACCAUGCAUGGUAUUCUAAAUGGCAUGCCUUAGGUACCGAUGGAGACAUUGUCUAUGCCCCAGAUCCAGAUCUUACUGAAUUAGGGGUCAACCAGGCUAAAGAAAAUCAUGCUGCUUGGAAAGAGCAAUUGGCUAAAGGUGCUCCAAAGAGCUCUAAAUUCUACGUAUCUCCAUUGAAGCGUUCUUGUGAUACCUUGAGGUAUACUUGGGAGGGUUUGGCACCAGAAACAUUUCAUCCGGUAAUCGUGGAAGACCUCCGGGAGAUAAUUGGAUUUCAUCUCUGUAACAAGAGGUCAACGAAGACACAAAUUUUAGAGAGGUUUGGAAAGUAUGGAUACACAACAGAGCCUGGUUUUACCGAAAAGGACGAGCUUUACGGCGAUACCGAAGAGCUUUUUGAGGAUCAUUGUAUCAGAGUUAACAAAUUUUUACAAAGAUUAUUCAACAAUAAUUACGAUGAAAAAUCAGGUAAAACGAACCCCACACUGGAUCAAAUUAUAUCUACUACUUCACAUGGUGGUACAAUCAAGUGCUUUCUCGCAGUUACUGGCCAUAGGGCUUUUACCGUUUCUACGGGAGGUAUGAUUCCUAUCGUGGUUCGCGGAGUUCGAACUAAAUCAUCAAAAAUUUAG